AUCGUUGUUAGUAUGAAAAAAAGUGGCAAACACGCUGGUAUCGUAAACGGACGGAUCCGUGUACCGUCGCGAUAAUUAUACUUUUUUAUUAACGAAACAUUGGGCGUUGAGAGAAGAUCUCGUCACAGCGAAGUGCGAUCCAAGAUGAAAGAUAUUGGAGGAAAGUGUCGCAGCGAUUCCAGCGUAGAGAAAACAGAAUUAUCGAAUAAAUAAAGAGGAACAAUUAUAAAAAAGAAGGAAAUAUUGUGAAUAAAGGAAUCUGUUUUAAUUGGCGACAAGCGUAGAGGAAGAAAUUAUUGAAGAGAACAAAGAAGGAGCGAAGGACGCGUUGAACGUCAAGAAUAAUUAUCUAAUUGUCUGUUACAUUAUUAUCUAAUUGUCUAAUUUACAUAUUAUUGUCCGAGCAAUAAGGAUUGGGAGAGGCAGCUUUUGCGGCGGGGAAAUAAAGAACAAAGCGCGAAUGAUUGAGAAGAGAUGAAAAAUCGUUGAGAAGAUUUUAUCGUCGCUAGAGGAGCGCGACGCGGAAUUUCGACUUUUCAAAAAGAAAGUGAAAGAAUGGAAGUAACUAGUUUCACAAGUGCUACACGGAUCGUCGUUGCAGUGAAUCGUAUAACUGCAUUGAGGCCGCUCCGCGAUUCCGACACGAAGUUAUGGAGCCUGUUGAACUAUUCCUACAAAAUGAUCGUGGUGUUCUCAACGAGCUACGUUAUGUACUUGAUCUACCUGUACAGGCUGUCCACGGUUCUGCUGGGAGUGGAUUGCGUGGUUUAUUUGUCACUGAGAGUCGCCAACUAUCUGUGCUUCGUCUUCAUACACGUCUUGGGCUGCUAUCAUUCAGAGGAGGUGCCAGUGUUGAAUCGAAAGAUCGCCGACUUGGAGGAGAACAUAACGAAGCUGGGCGUCGUCACCAAUUAUCGUGUAAUACUCUUCUGGAUAAUAGCGACCUACAGCGUAACGUGUUUGCAUAUGUUACUGCUUUACGGAUUAUGCGGAUACUGGGUCUGGGACAUGUAUUUGAUGCUGCAACAGGUUUUCUUCAAUCAUAUAUCGAACAUCGGCGCGCAGGUCCACCUGGACUUUUUGACAUACGUCUGUUGGCUCAGAUGCAGCUUCAAGCAAACAAACGAUCUCUUGAGGAAAUUCCUGGUGGACGGUCAUCAGAUAAAGACGGAGGACACGAGCAACGAAAUCACCGAAACUAAAUCGAAUCGAGCAGCCGUUAAAACAUAUCAAAGCAAAUGGAUGCCCGAUUUUUCGGUGCGUCGGACGCAGGUUGUCCCGUUCAAAAAGAUUCCCAGCGUGAAAAACGAACUGCAGUCGGUAAAAAAAGUUCGUAUGCUUCAAGAAAUCAGAUGCAUCCACUUGCACCUGUGCAGAAUCAUGAAAGCGGUGAACAGCACGUUCGACUCGCAACUCACGAUCCACUCGUUCGUGGCCAUCAUAAAUCUCGUCGCGAUUUUAUACCAAGUCUACAUUGAAUUCGAAGAUCCCAAUGUGAACGCAUUCGUGGUUGGCACAGCUCUGAUCGAAGUAAUGGAUAGCCUUUACGUAUGGAUGAAGAUCUUUGUAAUGAGCUACGUCUGCGAAAACACCGCCAAGGAGACGAAAAACGUGGUGGAGAUCAUCCACGAGUGCUCCAUCACCGAUUUUGACACCGAAUUGAAGGAUGAGAUCCUACAGUUCUCCCUGCAACUGUCGCUGAACCAAGUCGGCAACACGAAGUCCGAGUUCUUCCGUUUGAAUUUCAACUUCAUACGACAGUGCGUCAGCUCGAUAACUACAUAUCUUGUCAUCCUGAUACAAUGGACGCAGGCUAUACAACCGGAUCGCCCGUCUUCAAGCGUAAAUGCUACCAAAGUGGUUCCCAAAUAAUUCAAUAUCCCGAUCAUAGAGGAACGAGUAAUCUGUAACAAUAGAACUUCCGAAACAAUUGAGAUUACUGGACAAGAA